CAGAAUCAUACAAACACAGAAUCACGAGAGCUGCCGGCUCUUCAAAAGUCAACAAGAUGGGGCUGCUUGCUGAGUCAAAGUCGCGCAAGAGAAUCCAGAACGAUCCCAACAACACAAGAUGGACUCGCGACACCACCACCUUUGGUCAGAAGAUGCUGAGAUCGCAAGGCUGGGAGCCUGGCCAGUUCCUAGGCGCCAAGAACGCGGCGCACUCUGAGUACCACACCGCUGCGAAUGCGUCGUAUAUCCGAGUAUCUCUCAAAGACGACAUGAAGGGUCUCGGAUACAGCAAGUCGAAGGAGGACGAAGUGACCGGUCUCGACGUCUUCUCAGACCUGCUGAGUCGCCUCAAUGGAAAAUCCGAGGCUGAAGUGGAAGAAAAGAGGCAAGCCAGAUUGGAGGUGAAGAUGCACCAGUACGUGGAGCAGAAAUGGGGACCUAUGAGGUUCGUGCGAGGUGGCUUGUUGGUUGGCGACAACAUGCAAGAGGAGGAUGACAGCUCAGACGAAUCAGAAAGUUCUAUAGCGGCAGACGAGAAGAUACCCGCGGCUACCAAGGAGUCGGAGAAGGAGAAGUCCAAGAAGAGAAAGGCUGCGUCACUAAAAGAUGACGACGAAUUGUCUGCGGAUGAUGAAGACGAUGAGAAGAAGAAGAAGAAGAAGAAGCAGCGAAAGGAAGAGCGAAGGGCUAGAAAGCUCGCGAAAUCUGAUUCAAACCAAUCCAGCGAUUCAGAAAAGUCCAAGAAGAAGAAGGAGAAAAAGGAGAAAAAGGAGAAGAAAGAAAAGAAGAGGUCGAAGAAGGACAAGGCUCUGACUGAAGAGGAUGGCGACGAAGAUGCCAUGGAGUUGGAUGAUGCGCUGAAUAACGCAUCAUCAGCUUCAAACAGCGGCCCCGAAAAUUCAAAGAGCUCUAAGAAGGACAAAAAGGACAAAAAGGAGAAGAAAGAGAAGAAGGACAAGAAGGACAAGAAGGACAAGGACAAGAAGAAACGAAAGAAGAGCGACACAUCCGAUACGGAGAUGCCUGAUGCCUCGUCUGCCGUAGCAUCACGUUCAGGAACAGCUACUCCAAUUACCACGGGCACAUCAACACCCAGAGGCGGCUUUGUCACUCCUCGGUCCCGCUUUAUUGCCCAAAAGAGGGCUGCAUUCAUGGAUGCUCAGGCGUUGAAUCAGAUUUUCAUGGUGAAAGCGUAAUACACAAAAGUUCAAGCGCGGCGUUGAUUUUAUGAUGGGUCUUGCUACUUAUUCUCGUCUGCUCAAGGAGGCUCAAAUAGGAAUUCUAUACAGGGUUUAGACUAUAGAAGCUUCUGAUCAUUUUUGCGAAAAGAGCAUUACUGGCGUUGUACAAGCAGACAAUGGGCCAUUGGUUUGAAAUUUUGUAGUACCUUUUGAUGUUAUUUGCUGAAAUAAAAAAGCAUGAGAUUUCAACCGGCAUGUGAGACGUGAG